AUGCUGCGCAAUAUUUCCAAAUUGGCCUUGCAAGCCACCAAGUCGACCGUGGCCCGGCCGUUGAGCACCAGCGCCACCGCUUUUUCGGCCCAUGACGACAUCAUGGAGAAAUGGCCGGCCGAGAAGUUCGACAAGCACUUUAUCGACUAUUUCAGUCGUCCCGAGAUCGAUGGAUGGGAGGUCAGAAAGGGUAAGUAGCUUUCCUUUGAUUUCUCGGCUUUUAGGUACAAGACUUUUUAUCAAUCUUUUAGGAUUGACCGAACUUCACGAUUUCGAUGUGAUCCCAGACCCCAAGGUUGUCGAGGCCGCGUUGCGCGCCUGCCGUCGAGUGAACGACUAUGCUCUCACCAUUCGCUUCCUCGAAUCGCUGAAAAUCAAGUGCGGAACCAAGAAGAACCGCGAACUCAUCUAUCCCUACAUUAUCAAUGAGGUGGGUAAUACAAUUCGGCGAUUCCCCGGCGCGCAUCUCGUUUCAUGGGCCGCGCCGGGAUUGUAUAGGAAAAUCAGAAUAGUCAGAGCGUUAUGCAGCUGAUCAGCCAGCUAAUUUCCCUUGUUUUAGAUCAAACCCGUCUUGGAAGAGCUGGGCAUCUCUACCCCCGAAGAUCUAGGCUACGACAAACCCGAAUUCUUCAUCCCUCAACCCGAGUACUGGUGGGAGAAGAAGUGGUACAAGGACUACGGUUAUGACAAACUCCCCGGCUUCGAAUUCGCCAAGUAG